AUGUCCAGCCCUUCUGAAGUCGCUACUCAGUUCGUACAAUUUUAUUAUGAAAAAUUUGAUACGGACCGGAGUCAACUAGCACCACUCUACCGCGAAACGUCUAUGCUGACAUUCGAAGCCAGCCCAUACCUCGGGACUGCGAAUAUUGUCAAGAAGCUCCAAGAGUUGCCGUUCACCAAGGUGACCCACCAAGUACACACGCUCGAUGCUCAGCCCUCUAACUCGGCCAACCCAAGCAUCAUCGUGCUUGUCACUGGUGCACUCCAAGUCGACGGUGAAGCGAACCCCCUCAGGUUCUCUCAAGCGUUCCAUCUUGUUCAGGAAAAUGGAACCUACUUUGUCCUCAAUGAUGUUUUCCGACUCGUAUAUGUCAGUCAACGUUUCUCACUAUCGAUCACAAAGUCUCAUCGAGCCCGUCAAGCUUUAAAGCCCUGCUGA